AUGCAGCACAAUGCUGGAGAACCGUACCAAAUGGUCUCUGAAGUAGAUGUUAAAGCUAAGGUAUUUGCAUAUGUGCUUGACCUUAAGUAUAAACAGUACACAUUUUCAUCUGUGGAUACCUUAACCAAAGCCAUAGCAUGGAUUGUAGAAGAAGAGAGAGAGCGAGGCUGGGAGAACUUAAAAGCACCAAGUCAAACAAGCUGUAGUACCAUCACAAAAAGUUUGAUGAUUAAUCUAAAAAAUUCCAAACCACUGUACAAACAACAGAACUACCCUAAAGCUGAACUUUCCCAUGGGUUUUUAGAAUUGGGUGCUUACCAAGAUAUCUACGUCUCUGUUGUCCACACACCCCACAUGUUUUUUGUGCAAAAAGCAAACAUUAUAUCAUGUCUCGAGGAUUUAGUGAAUGAUAUCAACGUGCUUGUUACUGAAGGAAAGUUAGAGAAGGAGACAAGACUUAGCAAAGGAGUUUUCUGCAUAGCUCCUUUUGACCAGGAUGGCAGGUGGUAUAGAGCAAAAGUACAGCAGAUUCUGUCCAAUUCUUCAGAUAAUAUGAAUAAUGAUGAUGAUGAUGAUGUGCGUCUAUUUUUUGUGGACUUUGGAGAUGAAGGUAGUGCUAAAAGAAAAGAGAUCUUUAGAAUUACUGAGAAACAACUUUUGCUUCCUGCUCAAGCUAUUGAGUGCUCACUUGUAAACCUUGUUCCUCCCCACGGUGGUUGGAGUGAGCAGGCUGGUGAUGCAUUCUGGGAAAAAACACUGGAUGAUAAUGUGAACAAACGAUUAAUUAUAAAGGAUACAUGUACAUUAUAUCCCUCAUUAAACGUGAUACAAAUUGACCAACUUUUGAAUACCUACAAUGUAUGUUUAUAUGACACCGUUACACAGAAGGACAUCGAUAUUGCAGAAGAGUUAGUGAAAGAAGGCUGGGGUAGACUAGCAGAUGUGCAAAACUGUGAUGUUAACCAGAAUGGGAAGAUAGAGAAUAAUCUCAAUGCAGACCUGUCAAGUGAAACCAACUCUGCAAAAGAGAGUUCUGGUACAGAAGAAGACUUAUUGCAUGAAGAAAGUGAAGCUGCUGGAAAGUUCCUCGGUUUCAUCGCCAAGAAAUUUAUUGAUGGUAUUUUGCAAAAUUCCAAGUUGACUCAGUCAACAGAUGAAGAAGAAGAGAUUGUAAAACAAAAUCAUAAUCCAUCAGUUUCAAGAUCUUUUAAACCAUCAUUAUCUUCUCCUUCUGCAUCCAAAGACAGUCCAUCUUUGUCAAUACCUAGUGAUAUACCUCCUCUGGUGGCAGUUGAAGGAAUAACAAAAAGCUUUACUCCACACAUUUGUUGGUGGCAGAACAAGUCUCAUGUAAUUGUGACAGUUCAGUUAACAGGUGUGAAAGAAUACGACUUGACGUUAUCUCACACACGUCUUCAGUUCUGUACACAAUGGGAAGGCCGUUUAUACAGAUUUGAUGAAGAACUGUUUGCUUCUAUAAAUCCAAAUGGUUCAAAGGCCAAUACCAGUGAUAAAUGUGUCAUUAUUGAGCUUGAAAAGUCAUCUUUUGGGGAACGUUGGACUCGACUUGUAAAAACAAUUAAAAAGAGAUCUCACAUUCAAAUAGACUUUGAUCAUUUGGACACCAGCAGCUCUGAUGAAGAUAGUUUUGUAAAAGGUCUAAGAAAAGCACCUGAUGAAGGUGGAGAGAAAGGAGAAAUCUUACCCGUCGAUCCAAGUGACAUAGAAGAUCAAAAUGAUGCAUGUAGUGACGAUGAUCCUUCUGAUGAAAAUGUUUUUGAACACAAAGAUCCUUUUGACAUUCUAAGCUAGUAACUUGUGGGUAGUGUUACUUAUAUUAGGUUUAAUACUCAACUUAUGAAGAUCUGAAAAGAGCUGCUAGAUAUGAUUAUAAAGUAAUUGUGGAUAUUGAUGUGUACUAAAGAAUUAAAUGAUAUGAAAGUGAAGACGGGUUUUAUUGUGUAGGAUCGGCAGUUGAUGAAUAAUACAAACUAAUUUUCUCUUAAUGGGAAGAUAAAACAGGAACUUUACAGGUUAGUGAUGUGAAAGCUAAUUUCUUAGUGGAUUUUGUUUUAUUUGGUAUUUUAAUUAUAGCGGAUACUGUGUAUGUAGUAUAAAAGUACAACAGAUGAGCGAUAAUGUUUUAUAUGAUAAUAACUUUUGUUUGAUUUGGCUGCUCUUCAGUUUUUUUUGUUGCUGGGUCAAUGUACUGGAGAGUCUGCUUAUACUCCAAUAGAAAUAACUUUUGCCAAAAAAAACCUUGAUUAUCAUUUACAGAAAGAAUGCACUCGAGGAUGAAAUGAUUCUGUUGGCUGAUAUCGAAAAUUAGUGAUAUUGAUGAUUUUGUAUUAUUUUAUCAUUGAUUAAAGACAUAUAUUUUAGAAAAUUGUCUGUUAACAUAAGACUUGUUUCUGGUCUUUCUUUCACUAAAUGCUAAUAAGAGAAUUAUGUUAAAAGUGUGCCUUGUAUUUUGUCUUAGUCCCUUUUCCAGGGAUAAAACGUUUGGAGAUUAUCACUUCUCCUCGGUAACUAGGCUAUCUCAAAGCUGUAUUUAAAGUGGUGAAUUAUAUGUCAUUGUUGUUUUUAAUGUCUAUCUCAUUGCUAAAUGUUUAAGAAUGUAUAGCCUUGUGUAUCUGUAAACACACUAACUAGAGUCUUAAUGAAGUAGUUCCAGUGACAAAGUUUACGUAAGCAACGAUAAAACGUUUGGAGAUUAUCACUUCUUGUCGGUAACUAGGCUAUCUCAAAGCUGUAUUUAAAGUGGUGAAUUAUAUGUCAUUGUUGUUUUUAAUGUCUAUCUCAUUGCUAAAUGUUUAAGAAUGUAUAGCCUUGUGUAUCUGUAAACACACUAACUAGAGUCUUAAUGAAGUAGUUCCAUUGACAAAGUUUAUGUAAGCAAUGAUGUAAUUAAUUAAAUCCUGUUUUUAUGUAUGUAACUAUUUAAAGGUUGAAAAUUUGGGUUUGGACUGACAAAACUGUGGCAGCAAAGUUUGUAAAGUGUAAAAAGACAAUAAAGUUACUGAGAAAUAACAAAAGUAAACAAAAUCACACAUAUGCAUAAAAACAACAUGUAUGUUAUGGUAGCAGUGUGGAAGGGUUCACAUGACCGUAAGGAAAUUUGCUGUUCUUUUGUGUGAACUAUCAAAUUAUAGCUGUAAAAUGUGGCUUAAUUAUUAGAAAAAUUCACAAGAAAAUUGUUUGGUAAUUAUUGCAUUUUGCUAUGAUGUUUGUUGGAAAAUAAAACUAAAAUUAUUCUGCUUGUUGUUAAGAAACAAUGAAACUAAUAUUGUGUCAAAUUAGUUGGAAUGAAAUGAUGUAAAUUUUCUCUGACGAUAUACAAGAUUUGUAUCAUGGUUCAGAGGAAUUUUUUAAAAACAAGUGUCCUAACCCUUUCUUUUCACUGUAUGAUGUUUAUUAAUAUGUGCAUAUUGUGCCUUAGAAUGUAUAACUAUGUGCCUAUAACCCUACACAGAUAUAUUUGCCUUGGCUAUGCAUGUAAUACAUCUCAUAGGAAUCCCCAAGUUCUCUUGUGGCUGUUUUAAUGAUGUGUUCGUGUAACAAAUUUAUGUUACUAUUUCAUGUCUUCAGUGGGAUAACAUGAUUUCACAAAAGUAUAGAAUUAAUCAUGGGUCUUCUUUGAAAUUCAUUGCUCUACUUCAACAGUUUUAUAUUAUUGUUAAGCCACGGUAGAUUUAAAAAAAGUGAAAUCAACUAUGCUUUAACUUCCUUCCCUAUCAUCUUAAAAUAGUGAAAGCAGUGAAUGUUGGAGGACUCCUAAUAUUUAUCAUAAAUAAGUCUUGAAUACUGGAUGUCUGUAAAGAUGAAUAAGUUAUGUAACAGAGAGCUGUAGGUAAGUCAUUUUAAAUGCUACUAAAAGAUGGAUGUGAUGUAAGAAAACAAACAGUUAUACCGUGAAAAUAGCCUGUUUCAGUGACUUUGGAACUCUAUAGUAAUAACUGCAAUAUAUUGACCAAGUUAACAACAACCAAAAAGGUCUGGAAAAAGAGUAAUCACUACUGCUGAAGCAAAGGAAUUAAUAUUUAGCAUUCUCUGAAACAUUAUUGUUAAAUAUGACAUAAGAUAUCCUUAAAACAUAUCUCUGCAAAGGGUCAAUCAGAUGAAACAUCAAAUGAGUGUGCUGGAACUAACUUUGUAGAAAGUAUUAACUGAGAUAUUGUGUUGUUAUAUUUAAUUAUGUUGUAAAAUCAGUAAGAUGUUGCAGUAAAAGAAACAUAGAAUAACUGACAGAUACAAAGUUUAGCUUGUCAUUUGUGAAUAUUUGAUUAUAUUGCUAUUCAAUGUGGAAAAACAUUAGUGUUAAAUGAAUUCAAUAAACUCACGAAUUUUACAGAACUAAGAUGGAUAACUGAGAAAAGUACAGAAAUAAAAGGAUUAUACUGAUGAUGAAGACUAUCAUAAUAAUAAGAAAUCAUACGUUAACCUUUUUCUUUUUUUACAAGUUGAUGCUGAUUAACAUAAUAUAUACUCGAAUUUGUAUUGAUAAACUUGUUUUUUUUGUCUAACAUUUAGUUAAUGUUGAAUAAUUUAUAAGUAUUUGAAUGAGAAAGAUCUUAACUAUUUAAAACUGAUAAGGCUGUACCUACAUUUGUUUGAAGAGCUCUGUUUUAUUCAGACGAAAAACUAAUGUAAACAUAGAGAACUUUCUUAAGGUAAUUGUGAUAAAUAUUGAAGCUAAGAAAGAGCAAUAAUUUGUAUAUCUUUUUGUCACAAAAAUUAUAUAUCUUUAGUUUAAACACAUAUCUUUUAUUAUUGCCCAGCAUGCACCAUAACUUGAAAGUGGGAUUUGUGUUUAUUUCAUGUAAUAUGUUAUCAUAUAAUAAUUUCUUUGUUUUUCAGAAUUUGUAGUGCAUACUGGAGGGAUUUAGACAUUUUGAUAAUAGAUUUAAAAAAAAACAGUUACUCUCUAGGUAAUAACAAAAACUUUUUUACUUCAGCCAAUUUUGCUAUUGUGGCUUCAUCGGGGCUUUUGCUGUUCUUCUUCUACUAAUCCUAAUGAGGCUGUAAUGGCAAAACAUUGACUGAAAUAUAAAGUUUUUCAAUAUUAUUAUGUAGAGUGAAAAGGUGAUUUUUUUAACCUUAUUGCCAGCAUGUUUUCUCUGGUAACAAUAGAAGACAAGGUUAUUUUGUUGUUAUUCAGAAGUUGUCUCUGUUUGUGAAGGUUUCUUUGAAAAAAGAUUGCAACAUGCAUCAUAUGACUAAUAUUUUCAAAAUAUUAGUCAUAGUAUAGUGGUGCUUUAUGAAAUCCUGGUUUCGGUAACUUUUAUUUUCAUUUUAUUCCAAUGAAGGUAAUUUUUCAGUUUAAUUGUUAGUAUAAAAAGUAAACUGAAUCUGUUAUCAAAAACCCUUUUGAUGAUAUGCCAUAAAAUUAAGAACAAGCUCUGUUUGUUUUUUGAAGGUAAUUUUUCAGUUUAAUUUUUAGUAUAAAAGGUAAACUGAAUCUGUUAUCAAAAACCUUUUUGAUGAUAUGCUAUAAAAUUAAGAACAAGAUCUGUUUGUUUUUGAAGGUAAUUUUUCAGUUUAAUUGUUAGUAUAAAAGGUAAACUGAAUCUGUUAUCAAAAACCUUUUUGAUGAUAUGCUAUAAAAUUAAGAACAAGUUCUGUUUGUUUUUGAAGGUAA